AUGAAGCAACUCUUCCUCUUCCUUGGCUUUCUAGCUCUCUUUACCCUCUCUUCGGCAACGUAUGCCAAAACAUGUGCUUCGGUACCCCCCUUCCCCCAAACAUACAUCUCACCAACAUCGAUCUCCCCUAACCACACCAGGCACCAAAUGCAAACGCCUCGGCACAACCCUAACCUGGGACAAACCCAGCCGACAACCCAAGGCCAAGUUCUCCGCAACUUCUACAACUCGCGCGGACAGUUCCAAGGCAAGGGAUGUAAUGGGACUGCACCGUGUCGGUUUAGUGUCUCGUUUACGAAUGCCAGUCGGUUGCAGUACUGUAAGAGUAGGCCGAAUUGCACGAAUGAUGGGAAUGAGUAUACGAAGAGGGGGCCUGCGAGGAGGGAUGUUGAGGCCGAGGGAGGAACUGAGUUCUAUAGGUUGGAGAGUGGGAUGGUGUUGUUUGCGCCGGGUGGUUUGGAGAUUGGGGAGGUGGUUUAUCGGACUGGGGUUGGGAAUUGGACGGUGUUUGAGGAUGGGGGUGGUGAGGGUGGGAAUGGGGACGGGGAUCAGGACGCGUUGGGGGAUGAUGAUAGUAUUCAGGCAGAGGAGGAUAGGGUUGUUGGGGUGGUUGAUGGGUGGGAGGGAUGA